GGUUUCCAAUUGCUUACUGAAGAACAAUCUGUUCCUGCAAUUUCCACUUCGAUUUCAAACCCUCCAGACUUGAAGUUUUCGUCAAGUGUUGCUCCACUGAGUGAUGCAAAGAGUCUCGGGGGUCAUCAUCCUGCACGAGCGCCCCCCACUCCGAAGCGCCCUGUUAUCUCCCACAGUGCGGCCUUCCGUUUACGACAUCAGGCAGCCAAACAGCAAGGCGGCAAGAAUGUGCGGGACCUACAGAGUCGAUCUAGUCUCACCACACCCUCUCCCCUCGUCUCCCAUUCAAGAGUCAACACAGUCACUGGUCUCUUCGGAGGGAACCUCAUCUCUUCCUCUAUGGAAACCAGAAAAGUCCCUUCUCAUUUUACCAUGACGCAGCUCUAUCAAGCUUCAAAAUCGGCAACUUUUGUGGAAACAAAACUUUUUGGAACCAUUCGAGUUCUUUAA